AGGCGCCCAGCGAGGCCAGGCAGUGUCACGGGUGGCGCAGCGCUGGGCAGGGUGGCUCCGUCCAGGGUGGCGAGCGAGAUGAGCGACCUGGAGAAAGGCAGCCGCGGGCAGCGGGAGCCGCUCAAGAUCGAUGGCAGUUCCGGCGGCCUCGGGUUUUGUGGCUGGAUCCUGGUUAUAUUUUCAUUCAUACUCGUGGCUGUCACGGCUCCUAUUUCCAUUUGGUUGUGCAUAAAGAUUGUCAAGGAAUAUGAGCGGGCCAUCAUUUUUAGACUUGGGCGUAUCCUGAAAGGAGGUGCAAAGGGGCCAGGGCUCUUUUUCGUCUUGCCUUGUACGGACAACAUCAUCAAAGUGGACAUGAGGACCAUUUCAUUUGAUAUUCCACCACAGGAAAUCCUCACCAAAGACUCCGUGACGGUCAAUGUGGAUGGAGUAGUCUACUACCGAGUGCAGAAUGCCACCCUCGCCGUAGCCAACAUCACCAACGCCGAUUCGGCGACUCGGUUGCUGGCUCAAACCACUCUCAGGAAUGUGCUGGGGACCAAGAACCUCUCCCAGAUCCUCUCCGACCGGGAAGAGAUUGCUCACAGCAUGCAGGCCACCUUGGACGAUGCCACGGAUGACUGGGGCAUAAAAGUGGAACGGGUGGAAAUCAAGGAUGUGAAGUUACCUGUCCAGCUUCAAAGGGCCAUGGCGGCUGAAGCCGAAGCCACCCGAGAAGCCAGGGCUAAGGUCAUCGCCGCGGAGGGCGAAAUGAACGCUUCCCGGGCCCUUAAGGAAGCCUCGAUCGUCAUUUCGGAGUCCCCGGCUGCCCUCCAGCUCCGCUACCUGCAGACUCUCACCACCAUAGCGGCCGAGAAGAAUUCCACCAUCGUCUUCCCGCUGCCCAUAGACAUGCUGCAAGGGAUUAUGUCCAUGAAACACUAGCAGAGGCAGAAAGAGAGAAGGGCUCUUGGGUGGGGAGCUAGGGGAAAUGCAAAAGUCAGCGACGGCUAGGAGAGAAAUUGCAACCACGUAGAGUUUGUAAGUAUUUUGCAUCCGCUGGAUUCUCGGUGUUGUCCCUCUGAACAAAUAAUAGAAGUCCCAUUUUGCUUCUCCCUGUUUUAAAAAUUAUACAGAUUAAUGGAAGGGACCUUAUAGGUCAUCUAGUCCAACACCCCCCCCCCCCCCCGCAGACCCUACACCAUUUCUGGCAGCUGGCAGUCCAGUCUCUUCUUGAAAGCUUCCAGUGAGGAAGCUCCCACCACUUCUCUUCCAUUGGUUGAUUGCUCUCAAGGUCAGAAAAUUCCUCCUUAUUUCCAGGCCGAAUCUCUUCUUUUAAAGAGAGAUUUCUUUUAUAUGCAAACAUAUAUAAUUUUUUUUACUAAAGCUUUUUCAAAAAGGAAGACAAAAACGAAUACAAACUAAUAUCAAGGAAGAAGAAAGAAGAAAGGGAUUGAAGAGAAAGCUAACAGUGCAAGAAAGGAAAAGAGUAAAGGAAGAAAAAAGUUACCAAGAAGUAACUUCCAAUCUUCUUUUCAGCACUUAUUACAAUUAUAAAUUCACCUCUUCCAUUUAGAUUUACAAGAUAGCUCUCUUCUUUCUGUAAUCUGGCCCGUCUAAUCCUCAAAGCCAUAAAUGAAAGUGUAUUGUUUUUCCUCCUUCAUGCAAAAAAUCUGUAUGUAAGGGUUAAAGAGAGAUUUUUUGAGUGCCUUCUACCUCUUAAAUAUUUGGAGGGAGAGAAAGAAAGAAUCGUUCUGGCUUUUGAUUUUUUAAAAUAUAUUUUUUGUUUUCUCUCAUGAGAGAAAGCUUCCCAUAUGAGAAAUUAGACGUCCCAUAGCAGCCUUGUUGUCAAGAGAUUGUAACAACACACACAUUGUAGUUAUGGAGAUAAUAUGCUUGUCAGCUACGUAUUAUAUUCAGGUUACACACAGGUGUCUCCUUGCCUUAGUGAUCCAUGUAAUCCAAUAUCUGGUUUUGCUAUGUCCAUUUUUAAAAAAAUAUAAAAACAGAGAGUUGCUUUUUAAACCAUCUUUAAAAAGAUGAAUGUAUUUUCCCUGGUUUUGAUUUUUUUUCUCUCUCCAGAAAAAUAAAACCAUAAAGAAGAUUGUCUCAUUGCCAGAAAUGAGGCUGGUGCCUUUGAAUCUUUAGCUGAGCUUAAAUUUAUUAUUUCCUAAAAGCUAACAAGCUCGACAUUUACCUGAAAGGAAGCUUAAUUUAACAUUAUGGCCUCCCCAUCAACAGUCUCUAUUUCCACAUUCUCAGCCAGUUUAAAAUAAUUCCUCUGAAAGACCCACAAACCCUAUAGACUUCCUUUCUCAAGUAAGUACGGUGUUUGUGCUAAAUCUCAGCUUUUUUGCUAAUAUACUGUACCACGCUGAUGUUUAGCCCCUUAUCUCUGUAUAUUUGCAUGUGUAUUUUGUAAACUUGGUAUCUGAUUGAAAUCAGAACUAGAGGUAAUUGUAACCGAAUAGCAUUGUGGUUAAUUGUAAUCAUUGUGUGUAAAGAUUUAAGAACAGGAAAACAGACCCAUGGUCUGGUUAGAAAGAUCAUGGCCUGUCAGAUGAAUACUGAAAAAGUUUUUAAAUUGUCUGAAGCUCUGUUGAAAUAUCAUAGCAUCCUUCAUAUUGUCCGAAGUUAAAGUGGGAUCUGGCCGCUUUAAUUUCAUGGUAAUAUUAAUUCAGUUCGCAAUGAUAGAAUCCAAAUGAAGCUGUCCUUCCAGAGUGGGGGGGAAGCACACACCCCUCCAAAAAACACACCAAAGAAACUUUUCUUUAAGCCCAUUUACCAAAA